AUGAAUGCGCAAGGCGAGGUAGUUGAUGGCUCAGGAACCAUUGAUCCGGCAAAUCUGAGUAGCGCUGUUCCUACCAUGCCGGCCCCGUCCACUGUUGAGUCAGGUUCCCGUGGUGUUAAGCGUAGCCGCACUCCAGACUACAAUGGGAAUGGUCUUGCUGUUGGGGAUCAAGAAGAUGAGGACCAAGGACGUCGCAAACGAGGCCGGCCCCCCAAAACACCGCGGGCCAGCUCCAACGAUCACCAAGCGACAGCCACCCCUAUCCAAACGCCCCAGAUGCAGAGUCGACCUCUGCCUUCUUCGAAUGCCGGCUCGCCGCCUCUGGCCUCUCCCCCUGACAGACCGACGCCGACAAAGACGCUAGUGAAAGCUCUUCCUUCCGUCAGAGACCACACAUCAGAUCAGUUAAACGCCGCGGGCGACGAGUACAUUCCCAAAGAAUUUGACGAGGCUGGUGAAACAAAGGUAGAUGCCGAUGGUUACCCUCUCGGUGGACGCGAAUACAAAUGCCGAACUUUCCGCGUCCCUCACAGAGGCAACAAGCUGUUCAUGUUGGCGACCGAGUGCGCAAGGGUACUGAACUACCGGGACUCGUACCUCCUCUUCAACAAGAAUCGUUCUUUGCACAAGAUCAUCGCCUCUCAGGUCGAAAAGGACGACUUGAUUCAACAGGAUAUUCUUCCUUAUUCAUAUCGCUCUCGACAGAUCGCCAUCGUCUCUGCCAGGUCUAUGUUUCGUCAGUUCGGCAGCCGGGUGAUUGUCAACGGGAGACGCGUCCGAGAUGACUACUGGGAAGGGAAAGCCAGAAAACAAGGGUUCACUGAGGAUGACAUGGCUGGCGAGAAACGUCCAGGGACUGCCAAGGUCCGAGACACGCCGUCGGAGAACCAGAACUCUACCUUGCUACCACUCCUUCAUAACGACGUGAUAUUCAGCAGCGCGAUUCAGCCUUUGCCUCCUGGAUUGUCCUUUGAUGUGAGCGACGAUACCUCGCUUUCUCAGCACCCGUUGAUCCAUAUGACGACGACCGACGAUCCCCGCCUGCGGGAUUACAACUCCAUGCCACGCUCACGGCAGGAAUUAACUGGCCAGCCUUACCAGGACAACACGCGCUCCAGUACAGGUGCUGAAAUCAUCCACCAGGCUCAGACGGCUGCCGAUUUCAACAAAGCUUUGCACGCACAGAGGAGCUUCCGUCUCAAGGGGCUGGACGAGUUUUACGCAAAGCCGCGUGAGAUUCCCGACCUCGAGGGGCAGGCUACGAUCGCCCUGGAUUCUGGCCUCUCCGUGUCACAGCCUGUUCAGCCCGUCCCAAUGCCGCCAGCGGGUGUUGUAACUUCCGCGCAUUCCCAACACAUGAUCCCUCCUCAACCCAUGGUCGCAGGCCAGCAAGCUUUUGCACAACAGCAGCAGCAGCAGCAGCAACAACAGCAGCAGCAGCAACAGCAACAACAGCAGCAGCAACAGCAACAACAGCACCCGCAGCAGCAGCAACAACAACAACAACACCACCACCCACAGCAGCCGGUCGGGCAAUCGCCAGUCAGAGCGAUGCCGGCAGCAAUGCAAUCAAAUAUGGUGCACCAGCGUCCAACGCCGCCCAUGCCGGCAAACAUGCCCCAGGCCCCUUACGCUUAUCCUCCUCAGCAGCCGCCGCAGAUGUGGGGUCAGCCACCACCACAACCUCAGCCAUCUCCGAUGUCCUCUUCAGGGCCGCAGGGGCAGGGUAGCAAUAUGGCCCAGUAUGGCCAGCCGAUGGCCGCAACUCCACAGCAGGCACCCUCGCCAAUGCACCACAGCCAACCACCUCAGCAGUCUCCUCGUCAACAUCGUCCAUCAAUUCCGCAGAUGCCGCAACAGUUCCAGCAGAUGCAACAGCAUCCCCAAAUGCAACAGCAGAUGCAGCAGCAGAUGCAGUACGCAGCUACUGGCUCACCUGCCGGAUACCCUGGCAUGUCGCGGGCCAUGUACCCUCCGUCUCAGGGGCAAGGUGGACCGCCUUUCAUGGCAGGCAAUCCACAGCAAGCAGGAAUGAAUAUGGCCAUGGGGCCUGGUGGCAUGCCUGGUUGGCCUGCCGGAGCCGGUUCUCCGAUGCAACCCGGUCAGCCCCAGCCGGGUCAGUCCGGUAGCCCAUUAGGAGGAUGGUCGGGCUAUUAA